AACACUCCCAUUUUGCCCUUUCUCUCUCUUCGUAACUCAGCAUUCCCCCUUUUUCUCUCACUAGAUUUGGAGAAAACUGAAACCUAAACCCUCGUCGAUCGCCAUGGCUAGACGCUCCAAAUCCAAGGACUCAACGGAGGAAUCUCUCUCCAAUUCGUCAGAGGAGGAGCAGGUCGACAUUCAGGAGGAAGAAGACGAGGAAGAACUCGAAGCCGUUGCUCGCACUGCUGAUUCCGAUGAAGAUGACACCGGAACCCCCGCCGUUGAUGCCGCCGGCGAGGAGCCGGAGGAAGACGAAGAUGAUGAGGAUGGUGAACAGGCAAAUGAUGACAUUAGCCAUCGUGAAAAGGCUAGGCUAAAGGAAAUGCAGAGGUUGAAAAGACAAAAGAUACAAGAUAUACUGGAUCAACAAAAUGCUUCUAUUGAGGCUGAUAUGAAUAACAAGGGAAAAGGAAAAUUGAAGUUUUUACUUCAGCAGACAGAAUUAUUUGCCCACUUUGCCAAAAGUGACCAAUCUGCAUCUCAGAAGAAGGUGAAGGGAAGGGGUCGUCAUGCAUCGAAAAUGACUGAAGAAGAAGAGGAUGAGGUGUAUCUUAAGGAGGAAGAAGAUGGCUUGUCUGGAGCAGGACAUACACGUUUGUUGGUGCAGCCAUCUUGUAUUACUGGAAAGAUGCGAGAUUAUCAACUUGCAGGGUUGAAUUGGCUUAUAAGAUUAUAUGAGAAUGGUAUUAAUGGCAUUCUUGCUGAUGAAAUGGGUCUUGGUAAAACUUUACAAACCAUCUCAUUGCUUGGUUAUUUGCAUGAAUUUAGAGGAAUUACUGGCCCUCACAUGGUUGUUGCUCCUAAGUCUACACUUGGAAACUGGAUGAAUGAGAUUAAACGUUUUUGCCCAGUGUUGCGUCCUGUAAAGUUUCUUGGGAACCCAGAUGAAAGGAAAUAUAUACGAGAAGAGCUACUUGUUGCUGGAAAGUUUGAUGUUUGUGUCACUAGUUUUGAGAUGGCUAUCAAAGAAAAGUCUACUCUACGUCGUUUUAGCUGGCGCUACAUUAUAAUUGAUGAAGCUCAUCGAAUAAAGAAUGAAAAUUCACUUCUUUCAAAGACCAUGAGGAUCUACAACACCAAUUACCGUCUUCUAAUUACGGGCACACCACUUCAGAACAACCUUCAUGAGCUUUGGGCACUGCUAAACUUUUUACUGCCUGAGAUCUUCAGUUCAGCUGAAACUUUUGAUGAGUGGUUUCAAAUUUCUGGUGAAAAUGAUCAAGAGGAGGUUGUUCAACAGCUUCACAAGGUUUUACGACCUUUUCUACUACGAAGAUUGAAGUCUGAUGUUGAGAAAGGUUUACCUCCUAAGAAAGAAACCAUUCUCAAAGUUGGAAUGUCUCAAAUGCAAAAACAGUAUUACAAAGCUUUAUUGCAGAAAGAUCUUGAGGUUGUAAAUGCUGGUGGUGAGAGAAAACGUCUGUUGAAUAUUGCUAUGCAGCUUAGGAAAUGUUGUAAUCAUCCAUAUCUUUUUCAAGGAGCUGAACCUGGUCCUCCUUAUACUACUGGGGACCAUCUUGUAGAAAAUGCCGGCAAAAUGGUACUACUAGACAAGUUGCUUCCAAAAUUGAAGGAGCGUGAUUCAAGGGUCUUGAUAUUCUCACAGAUGACAAGGCUUCUGGACAUUCUAGAAGACUACUUGAUGUAUCGUGGAUAUAAAUAUUGCCGAAUUGAUGGAAAUACUGGUGGUGAAGAUCGUGAUGCUUCUAUUGAAGCCUUUAAUAAGCCAGGAAGUGAAAAGUUUGUCUUCUUGUUAUCAACUCGAGCUGGAGGUCUUGGUAUCAAUCUUGCUACAGCCGAUAUUGUCAUUCUUUAUGAUAGUGACUGGAAUCCACAAGUGGAUUUGCAAGCUCAGGAUCGUGCUCAUAGAAUUGGGCAGAAAAAAGAAGUUCAAGUGUUCCGUUUCUGCACUGAGUACACGAUAGAGGAAAAGGUCAUUGAAAGAGCAUAUAAGAAGCUUGCACUUGAUGCUUUGGUUAUUCAACAAGGACGUUUAGCUGAGCAAAAGACUGUAAACAAAGAUGAGUUGCUACAAAUGGUGCGGUUUGGAGCUGAAAUGGUGUUCAGCUCUAAGGAUAGUACAAUCACAGAUGAAGAUAUUGAUAGAAUCAUUGCUAAAGGAGAAGAGGCAACUGCUGAACUUGAUGCUAAGAUGAAGAAGUUUACAGAGGAUGCAAUUAAGUUUAAGAUGGACGACACUGCUGAUUUGUAUGACUUCGAUGAUGAUAAGGAUGAGAACAAAGUUGACUUUAAGAAGAUUGUCAGUGAUAAUUGGGUUGAGCCUCCAAAAAGAGAGCGAAAGCGAAACUACUCAGAAUCUGAAUACUUUAAGCAAACAAUGCGUCAAAGUGGUCCCGCAAAACCCAAGGAACCAAGGAUUCCUCGUAUGCCACAACUGCAUGAUUUCCAGUUUUUCAACACACAGAGACUCAGUGAACUCUAUGAGAAGGAAGUGCGCUAUCUCAUGGUGCAGGCACAGCAGAAGAAUCAAGUUAAAGACUCAAUAGAGGUUGAUGAGCCAGAAGAGGCGGGAGACCCUUUGACUGCUGAAGAGCAAGAAGAAAAGGAGAAGCUGCUUGAAGAAGGAUUCUCUACAUGGAGUAGGAGAGACUUCAAUACGUUCAUUAGGGCCUGCGAGAAGUAUGGCCGCAGUGAUGUGGGUAGUAUUGCAUCAGAAAUGGAAGGGAAAACAGAAGAGGAAGUUGAAAGAUAUGCUCGGGUAUUUAAAGAAAGAUACAAGGAAUUGAAUGAUUAUGAUCGCAUCAUAAAAAAUAUAGAAAGAGGUGAGGCUAGAAUUUCACGUAAGGAUGAAAUAAUGAAGGCAAUAGGAAAGAAGUUAGACCGUUACAAGAAUCCUUGGCUGGAGCUUAAAAUUCAGUACGGUCAGAACAAAGGCAAGCUUUACAAUGAAGAAUGCGAUCGAUUUAUGAUUUGCAUGGUUCACAAACUUGGGUAUGGCAACUGGGACGAGCUGAAGGCAGCAUUUAGGACAUCACCUUUGUUCAGAUUCGAUUGGUUUGUGAAAUCUCGAACCACACAAGAACUAGCAAGAAGAUGUGAUACUCUUAUUCGUUUGGUUGAGAGGGAGAAUCAAGAAUAUGAUGAGAGGGAGAGGCAGGCUCGUAAAGAAAAGAAGCUAGCCAAGAACUCGACACCAUCAAAGCGGGCCUUAGCAAGACAAGCUACCGAGAGUCCUCCACCUUCUUCUACGAAGAAACGGAAGCAAUCUUUGAUGGAUGACUAUGUUAACUCGGGAAAGAAGGGCAAAUGACUGUUUACUGAUAUUUGAUUUUUGAGGUGUUGGGAUUAUUAAUUGUAGUAGUAUAUACAUGGAUUUGGCAUUUGUUAGAUGAUGCCUUAGUAGGCCCAUGGAUCUCUAUUCACUUAGGUUUUGGUUCAUUCGGGCUUCAGAACGUGAUCAGAUUCCAAACAUGAAUACUGGAUAUGGUUUUUGUAUCACCUCAUACUCUUGUUAUGACUUGCAAGUGAAUCUGCUUUUUUACUUGUA